AUGAGCGAACGUGUAAGAUAUCAGUCAACAUUUGUGCGAGAUAAUUUAGUUAUGUCCCAUACAAACACCUCUGAGAUGUAUUAUGAUUGUUUGCAAUGCACCGAGCAUUGUCGGCAUGCUAGUAACACAAUAACUGAUAACAUUAAUGUCAAUAUAAAUGAUAACAAUAGUAAUACCCUAAAACGCGGAAUGUCAUCGGCAGAAAUAAACCCAAAUUUUGUUAUGAAUUACAAAAACAAUUGUCAGUCAUACUAUUCAUCAGAUUUAUAUGACAGCACACGUAAUAGUAAAAUGUGCAGUCAGAUACAGUGCGUGACAACACCCGCAAGGAAGCGAUCAUCACUGGCACGACCCGUACGUAUUCACGAUUUAUCAGCUCACAAAAAUGUACCAGCAGAGUUGACUGAAUUUUCAAUUGACGAGCGGUCUAAUCCCGGGGAGACGGCCUAUUACACCGGCGGGUUACCAUUCGAUGACCACUCGGGCAGCGAAGACGCCUGGCCAAUUCGUCUUCGUCUUGAAGAAAUUCUCGAGCUUACUUUGUCUAGAAGUAAAAAGUCUAAGAGGAUGAAAACACGGAAACGAAAGAAGGUUACGCUGACAAGUAAGCACACACACUUCAAAGAUACCGAGAGACUUCUCAAGGUACUUAGCAUUAAUAAUGUGGACCAAGAUUGUAGGUACAAUGUUAAACGUUGUUCUAUCAUGUAGUGUGUUGUUAUUAUUAUUAUUAUUAUUAUUAUAUUUAUAUUAUUUUAACAAAGACGGCUUACCUAAAAAUACUAAAUACUUAUUAUUAGUACAACAUAAAAUUAUUAUUUUAAAAAUAAGACGUUAAUAGAUUUGAUAGCAAAGUAAUAAUCCUGUUGGGCUUCCCGCCAACACGCUCUUCCUCAACUCUAGCUGGUGUCUCAAUUAAAUGUAAUUCGUGUAACGCAUUUCGAUCUUUUUCCUGUAAGAACUUUAGUUUUAUUUUUUAAGUCUCUUUAAAUUAAAAGUAUAUUUAAUAAUUUAAUAAUAAUCACAUUUUAUUAAUUAUUUAAAUGAUAUUUUUAUUUUAGUAACGACUUUUUAUUUAUUUUUCAACCUCUUACACAAUAAGAAUUUCAGACGAAUUUAAAAAAAAUAAUUAUAGAGGUUUUUGUGGUACUUGAAGGUGUUUAUUGUGUAUUUUACAACAUACCUAUUAUAUAAAACCAGCCUAAAAUAAAAGCCGUCCUUUCAUAUACUUGCCUGAAAGUCAUGAAAACAUAAUUAUUUAUUUAAAUAUUUAAAAAAAACAUAAAAAAUAAAUUUUUAUCGAGCAUUUCUUUAAUCAUAAAUUUUCAUCAUUAAAAUUAUAAUAUUAUAUAUUAAUAAUAUAUAUUAAUGAGUAUACAUAAAAUAAGAUUACCUGGAAACUGGAUUUGUCUAUAACUUAUUAAUUAUUACUAUCCGUUGCGUGUAAUAAUUAUCGAUUGCCUGUAACAAAUUAUUUAUAAUGCAUUUAAAAUUAUACAGAUACCCAUUGUCCUGUCGUACUAUUUUAUUUUUAUAAUUUUUUCACUCCGAAUAACCCAUUGUGGCCAUGAGAGAAAGAUCGUAAUUGCGAGUUAUUUAUAAAUAAAUUAUUACAAAGUUAUAUUAAACUAGUUUCGUUUUUAUGCAUCGGUUUUGGUGACAUGUAUAUUGUACAUGUUGGACUUUUAUGGACAGCGUAGUGCGUGGUCCAUGAUUACGUUAUUAGUACCAACGAGAAACAAACCAUAGGGUGUAAAUCCGUCAUAACGCAGUACUUUAAAUGUAUGCAUAUCAGAUUAUUUAUUGAAAUAAAUUUUUUAAUGAAAGAUAUUACACUGAGUAUUAAUUACUUUCAGAAUAUGACACGGAAAUUUUAUUUUUACAUGUUACUACUAU